UAUCAAGAUGGUCUCAAACACUGAUAUUGCCAUCAUGUUCAGUAUUGGCUGCGUCGGCUUUGGCGGGCUUGCCUAUGUCCAUUGGAAGGGCAUGAUUGAUAAUGUGAUUAAAUACAGAAAAUAUAGUAAGAGAAUGGAACAUCUGAGGGAUCCUAACAACAUGAUCACCCCUGAUAGCAUUGAAAAAGAGUUUGAAGAGAUGACAGAUAAGGAGAAGAAGAUCGGCAAGGAGCUCCUCGUGACUGGAUAUGCAAUUAGUCUAAAAACUUGGAUCUUGAUGUCUCAGAAGAAAGCCAAAGUUUCCCCAGAACUUACCAAGUAUCUUGAAGGACUUCCUAGAGAGUUAGCUGUAGUGGAUAGAGUAUAUCCUAACACAAGAUUUGAGUACAAUGCUUGGGGCAAUAAGUUUGCUAUCCAGCAUAAAGGAGAUAAUGCUAUAUUCAUUGAACCUUAUCAAAAGACACAUCUACUUGGCUUUGAAGAAUUCUACCAUAAGAAAGGAAUGUCACUUUCAGAAUUCUUCUCGAGUUUAGGAAAUGUAAGAACGGAGACAGCUGGAAGGGACCUUUCUUCAUGAAUCUUAUUUGAAGGAGACUAUAUCACUGCAUUCGGAAUUGUAAAGUAUCAAAUGUCUGAUGAUUCCUUAUCCAUGACUAAGCCAAUAGCAAUUGUGAAAGGAGGACUUGAGGCUCUAUAUAACCUCUUUAAACAGAAAAGAAAUGAAAAAGCUGGAUAUUCAUACAUGCUUCUCUGGGGUGGAGUUUUCUUCACGAUAGCAUCUAUCGGAUGAUUCAUUGGAGCAAGACAUUUUUAUAAUAAAGUUAAAGAAAGAAGUGCUAUACAGAAAGAUCAAGUAAAAGAAUUAGAUGACCUUAACUGUGCAAACUGUAAACAAGAGAAAAGGAACAUGCUUUUCAAGCCCUGUAAUCAUCUGGUUUACUGCAAGAAAUGUUUUGAAAGCCCAGCAUUUAACCCUGAACUCAAAGAGAAAUGCCUAGCCUGUGAAAAUAUGAUCGAAUCUUCUGAAAAGGUUUAUAUCCCAUAA